GACUAUAAAGCUAGUGAUCAGUUUGCCACCGUAAUUUAAACGGCCACCAUGCUGCUACUCUUGGUCUCUCUGUCCUGCCUUGCUGCUGUCAAGGCCCAGCUACGCUGCUGCACGGCAUCUCAAUGGUCAGCCACAAUGGUCGACGCCCAAACCAUGGCCAAUGGAAAUAACGUAUCGUCUGAUAUCUUCUACGAUGACGUAAACAGCACUAUCGCCAUUCUGUACUAUGAGUUUGGAAACAAACAACGUGUGUCACUGAACACAGUUGUCACUGCAUACUCCAAGAAAGUACGUUACAACAUCUCCCCUGACGGACAAUGCACCAAGGAAAACAUCACAGACAUCAUGAUGCACAACUGCAUUCCUGAAACAGCUAUCUACCGGGGAUCCAGCUUUGUAGGCGAUCAAUGGGCUAUGCUGAGGACUAGUGGUUGGCAUUUCCCCAUCGGCUCCCUCAACAUCACCAUAAGCGUCACCGACUACGACUGUGUCCCCGUCUUCAUGAGUGUCGUGGGAAUAUCAUCCUCAUCCCAAGUCAACACGCUGCUUUACUUCAACGGGCAUAAAGCAGGUAUCACAGAUCCAACUGCUUUCGACGUUCCAAGUAAUUGCUGAUUGACAAGAGUCCAGGAUAGUUACAACGGCUGUAUUUUCCACAACCAGUCGUCUUUGUCUUUCAGUAAAUGUUCUUAAAAUA